AUGGCUGAGGUACGUGGAGGACCUACACCACCGGUAGCGCAGCAGGUUGCGCAAAUAGCAGAUCUGAUUCCAGUGGUUAAGCCUGUCAUGCUGGGACAGGAGGGUGUUGGCGAUGCCAACCAGGAGGCGGAGGCAUCUGCUCACAGGGGACGUGAUAAACCACCUGUUAUUGAUGUUGAUAGAUCUGCUGGACCACAGGAGAUGGAGCGUAUAUUCCAGGUGAUGGAGUGUGAUGCCAACACCAAGCUCCUUUAUGCAGUUUAUAUGUUACAGGGUGAUGCAGCUGAUUGGUGGACCAUGUUAGACACCCACUUGAGUGCCAAGGUUAUGCUAUCACUUGGCCAUUGUUUGAGAGACAUUUUCUCACGAAGUACUUCCCUGAAAAAGCUUGGGAAAAGAAGAGAAAUGAAUUUGAAGACUCUUAAGCAGGGAAACAUGACCGUUGAUGAGUAUCUGAGUAAGUUCAACAGAUUGGCAAAGUAUUCAUGCUAUGGUAGAGCUCCCCUCACUCCAAAAGACAAAGCCUUUAGAUUUAAAAAGGGCUUGAAUGAUAUGAUAGCAGACAAGCUGGAUGGCCAUUGUACCAGAGAUUUUGUGGAAUUAAUUAAGCAAUGCCAGAACAUCCAGGAGUAUUACCGUACUAAAGGCAAGGAUGGAACUAGAAAGAGUUACAGCAGUAGCACUACUCACAGGAAGGGUAAGGGAAAAGGCUUGCAGGUGAAUCAGAACAACAAGUUUAAGAAGAUUGGUAAUGUUAAGAACGAAAGUGGAAAAGCUGGAACUGGGAAGAUUGGACAUUUCUCUAGGGAGUGCCCCCAAAGAAAGGGGCAAGUUGUAGCUAUCCAGGCUGUUCUGACUCCGAUUGUCAUUGAGGAGCCUCCAGCACCCACUAGUGCCAGAGUUUAUGCAAUCACUCAGCAGGAAGCAGGGAGAGCUACCCACUCCUUUAUAUCGGCAUUUGUUGCUAAUGGGUUACACUUGCCCAUUCAUGAGUUCACGCCUCCUAUGGUAGUGAAGACUGCCACCGGAGACAUUGUUUCUACUUCUUUGGUGUGCAAAGAAGUUAGAUUCAAAUUGGAGAAAGAAGAGAAGAUUUUCUUUUCUGCAAAGGGAGAGAAGCUGGACAGUUUGUACUUAUCUAUACCGCAAUUGAAGAAGGCUCUAAAUGAGGGAGAUGCAGGAUACAUCAUUUUGGGAGGACUAGUAAGAGCCUCCAAGGAACCCACUUCUAACAUUCAUGUAGUGUGCGAGUUUGAGGACGUGUUCCCAGAAGAAGUUCCUCAGUUUCCUCCAUUGACUUAUUGCCUGAUUAACUCGAAGGGGGUACCAUUUGCAUGGACCCUUGGGUGUGAAGUGAGCUUUCAAGAAUUGAAGGAUAAGUUGACUAUCACGCCAAUUUUGAUUCUUCCUGACCCUGAAGGGAGAUUUGAGAUCUUUCGUGAUGCAUCCAAGUACGAAUUUGGGUGCGUGUUGAUGUAA